AUGGUAAUGCAUGCAAGGAAACCUCACCGAAUAAGCGAUGGGUACUUUGAGAAGCACCAGGCCCAUCCAUAUCAGAAAUACAACUCCAAGAGGGCCAAUGAAUAUGGAUCUACCGACCACUACACACCACUCAGAUCCCCCAAUGGAAACAUGUCCCAUGGCCACAAUGCGCAUGGGCACACUGGCCAUGCCCAUCAUCACUACCAUAUGGUUGAUGACAGAGGAUAUGUCACAUCAAGGAAUUCCUAUGUCCCCAAGGGAUCAGAAAAGGAGAGAGAUCGAGACUAUAAAUCCUCUAGGAAUAAGUACACUGAUGUCAGAUCACCAAAGGAGAAACGGAAAGAUAGUGAGCGAGAAAAAAAUAACCAUGAACGUUGUGAAUCUGAGAAAAAAAGUAGGACUAGUGGCAUGAAUAGUGUUAAUUCCAAUAGCAAAUAUUAUAAGAGAGGUGGAUUACCUGCAAAUGCAGGUCCAUCAAGCAGUGAGUGGUCAGAACAUAUUAGUUCAUCAGGAAAGAAAUAUUACUAUAACAGUGAACUUGAAGUAUCACAGUGGGAAAAGCCUAAAGAAUGGGACUCCCGCAAGAAUUCAUCCAAAGAUCAUCAGACAACAUAUACAACUUCUUCAUCUAGAGGUAAUCGUGAAAAGCGAUCACGGUCGCGGCGGCGGGAAAUUGAAAAGACAAGUAAGAGAACAAAUAAUACAUCUGAGAGAUACUGGAGUGCGUCGCGAGAAAGUGUUUCUGAUAGAACAAGGACGAAACAUGCCCCACACUCUGGACAUGAUACAAAAGAAGGGCACCGUUCUCUUCAAGAUAUGGAUAUAUCACCAGACAGAAGUACGCCUGUCUCCGAAGGCUCACACGGCGUUCGCAAUGAAUCUACAGCGCCCCCUGUUGUUGUUCUCAAUAAUUCUAAUCCAACUAGUGGGUCCUUGCUAGCGGCGGCACUGCCCAGGAUCGUCGCCCCCGCGCAAGCCUCUACGUCGGGGUUGGGUCCAGGCCCCAGUACAUCUUCGGGGCCUCCAUGUAACAAUGGAGCCACAGACAGUCGGUCAGAGACCCCACAAAGAGAUGCCGGACCACCGACACCUACACACUCGGAAAAUGUCGACCCCCACGCGCCACCCUUACAUUUGGAAAAUGCAUUGCCAAGGAAAAUGGAAUGCCUAGGUAGUUACUCAUCAGUGGUGGGAAGUUUACAACAAGCUGCCCCGAUGCUGACUCCCUCCUUGAUCAAUUAUGUUCGUACUGAGUUAACCACACAUGUCAUUGGAUGGCCAGCGGAUAUACUUGAAAAACAGGCCAACAAAUAUAUGGAAGAGGCACAUCAGUUGGGUUGCCUGCAGUGCACCCGAGUGUCUGCUGAACUAAAAUGUUCUCGCUCUGUGGUGAGGCACACAGAGAUCCAGGCCACACUACAGGAACAAAAAAUAAUGUACCUGCGACAACAAAUCUCUCGGCUGGAGGAGCUCAAGUCGCAGAAUUCGUUUAUGUCAGAAGACUAG